AUAGCUGCCGAGAUUGUUCAAGUGAGCACAGUUUUGCUUUGCACACCAUCGAGGUUUAUUGUACAAAUAUAAAAGAGAUAAAAAUAUUUUGUGAUCAUUAUUUUCUUUUGAAAGAAAAUUUAAAAGUUUAAAGUAAAAUUACAGGAGAAACUUUAAACACAAUUACAGGGCAGCAACAUAAAUAUCUGCAAUAAACUCGUCGAUAGUGAUACGACAUAUAGCAAAAAGAAAAUCUAUAUAAUCUCUUGUGAUAUAACUUAAGGAAAAUUGUUGAAAAAAAAAAGAAUUAAAUUGCCUAAAUAUUUAUCCUAUACUUGAUUGUUGAAAGAAAUAUAAAAAUAAAUUUAAAACAAAAAUAAAAUCUAUGUUUAUUGUAUAAAAAGUUGUUGACGAAAAACACCUGAAAGUUAAAAUUAGUUUGUUUGUCAAAUUAGAAGACUGUUGUUAUCAAAAAAUAUUUGAAACUUAUCUGCAAUUUAACGAUAUAAAUAAAUAUAUUAAAUAAUCAAGGUCAAAAUGACAUCAAUCAAUCCUGACAACUAUAAAUUGUCUGACAAGACUGCAAAUCUCACAGCACAUGAAAUUUUCCCUUUCUCCGAAACGGCUCAACCUGAAACAAGAGAAUUUCUGCAGAAGGUUAUUGACAUUCUGUUGGAUUACGUCAAUGCUUGCAAUGAUAGAAAUGAGAAGAUUUUGGAUUUCCAUCAUCCCGAAGAAAUGAAGAAGUUGUUGGAUCUGGAAAUUUCUGAGAAUCCAGCACCUUUGCAGCAGUUGAUCGUCGAUUGUGCUACAACAUUGAAGUAUCAAGUGAAGACUGGUCAUCCCCAUUUCUUCAACCAACUUUCCUGUGGCUUGGAUAUUGUUUCGAUGGCUGGUGAAUGGUUAACUGCCACUGCUAACACCAACAUGUUCACUUAUGAGAUUGCUCCCGUCUUCAUUUUGAUGGAGAAUGUGGUGCUGUCAAAGAUGCGUCAGAUUAUCGGAUAUGAUGGCGGCGAUUCGAUUCUUGCACCUGGGGGAUCCAUCUCCAACUUGUAUGCCUUUUUGGCUGCUCGCCAUAAAAUGUUCCCUGGUUACAAAGAACAUGGACCAAGAGGUUUACCUGGUGACUUGUGCAUGUUCACGUCCGACCAAUGUCAUUAUUCAGUUAAAUCAUGUUCAUCAGUUUGCGGACUUGGCACUGAGAACUGUGUCAUGGUUCCAUCUGAUGAAAGUGGGAAAAUGAUCCCAAGUGAACUUGAACGUUUGAUUUUGGAACGUAAGGCACGUGGACAAAUUCCAUUCUUUGUCAACGCUACAGCUGGAACUACUGUCUUGGGUGCUUUUGAUCCUUUACAUGAGAUUGCUGAUAUUUGUCAGAAGUACAAUUGCUGGUUCCACGUUGAUGCUGCAUGGGGCGGUGGCUUACUUUUGUCAAAGAAAUACAGAAAUCCACGAAUGUCGGGAAUCGAAAGAUCUGAUUCAGUCACCUGGAACCCGCAUAAGUUGAUGGGUGCUUUGCUUCAGUGCUCAAGCAUUCACUUUAAGGAAGAUACUCAACAAGAUGUUACAUGUCAAAUGAAAUUACCAACAGUUGCUUUAACUGUUAAGAAAGAAAACGAAAGGGAAAGAAAAUUGAAGAAUAAAAUUGAAAUUUUCUUUCAGGGUUUACUUUUAAGUUGUAACCAAAUGUCCGCUGAAUACCUAUUUAUGACUGACAAAUUAUACGACAUUGGAUAUGAUACUGGCGACAAAGUCAUUCAGUGUGGUCGUCAUAAUGACAUCUUCAAGUUGUGGUUGCAGUGGCGCGCAGAAGGUGAUGCUGGUUUUGAAGCUCGCAUGGAUCGCUUAAUGGAACUAACUGCUUAUGAAGUUAAGAGGAUUAAGGAACAGUCAGAUAAAUUCUAUUUAAUCAUGGAACCUGAAUGUGUGAAUGUUUCAUUCUGGUACAUCCCAAGACGUCUUCGUGGAUCUCCACAUACACCAGCAAAGGUUGUAGAGUUGGCAAAGAUUUGUCCUAUCAUCAAAGCACGCAUGAUGCAAUCUGGAACAUUAAUGGUCGGUUAUCAACCAGAUGAUCGUCGUCCCAAUUUCUUCCGAUCUAUCAUCUCAUCAGCAGCUGUCACUGAAAAAGAUGUCGAUUUUAUGUUGAAUGAAAUUGAUCGGUUGGGUCAAGAUUUGUAAAUAAAUCAAAAGUUUUAAGUGUCUCGAAAGCUCAAAUUAGAAAGUUUUACGAGAAAACCCAAAGCUUGAUCAUCCAUACAAACACAAUAAUCAAUGAAAUGAUUUUCUUCGUAUUGAGAAAUGUCAAUUUUAAGAGAAUAAUUAAUUAAAUAUUACAACUGCCUAUUCACUCAUCGUAGUAGGAAUUAAAAAAUUAUUUCAUCGUGUCUGUGAAUGUCUGAUGGGCCGUGACUAUUUAGAGAAUAUAUUAAAAUGAAACUAUAUAAGCAACAUUACUAUUAAUCACACAAAAAAUUCCAUACAACCAAGGAGUAUCAUCAUAGAUGACAUAUCAACAAAUUAUCAUGAAAACUUGUUAUUUAUGUGGAGAUUAAUUUUAUGACAAAAGUUUAUUUCACAUUUCACAAAAUGUCUGUUAACUCUAUCAAUUCUUUAUUGAACAAGAAAUAUUCCUAAUUACCUAUGUUGAAAUUAUUCAAUGUAUGAAAUUUAAUUUAAAAAGUAAAUUCAAGAUUUUGGUUUUACUUUUCUAAACUCGAAAUAAUUUUUCUUCGUGUUAUUUAAAAAUGUCCUAAACGUAAAGUAAUUAAGAUGCCUCUAAUAAUAAUUAAACUUUUAGUGAAAAAUGAAAAACUUAUCUAUUUAAUAUUAAUUUAUAAUUAUUGGACUUAAAUUACAUAAAAAAGAAAAAAAAUAGAAUUUACUGGGAAUGUUUAACUUCAUAAGUAACUGUUAUGUAAUGCGAAUGAAAAUCAUGUUGAAUUAUGUUGUUUAACAUUAUUAAUCAAUUCGCAUAAAUAUAAAUGUCAAUUUGUUCAGUUGAGAAUGCUUUGAAUAUUUUUGAAAUUCGCUCACUCACGAUCCGUUUCCACAACGAAGAAAUAAAUCUACUUUAAAUGAAAGUAUUUUAGGAUCCUUAAGCUUGUGUCAUAUAACUGUACAUUGAACUUCAUGAUCAGUGGCUAAGCAUUGAGACAUUUGAAGUCAUUCAUGUACAUUAACAAAAUGAAUCCUAUAUAGAGUCAAUUAAUUAAUAGUUUCUUGAUUCUUACGAGCAGAAGCUCAAUGAAUCACUAGAAUGGUUUCAUAUUUAAAAUAUUUAAUUUAAAUGAAAAAAAAGUUGACUGAAUUAUUAAGAAACGAGUGGAGUAAGAAGCUCAAAUUAUUUAAAUUUUAAAGUUCUUUAUGAAAAAUUUCAACUCUUUAAAAAUUAAUUUAACUUUUAUUUUUAUUUUUCUCGUCAUGUUCUCAGAAACAUUUCGUCGUGUGUAGUGCGCAAUAACAAAAUUGAAUAUAAAUAAUCGUCGAAUCAUAGAAGACGUAGAUGUAAAUUAUUAAAAAAUGGAGAAUUCUUUGGAUAAAGAAAUCGUUUAAUAUUUUAAUUUAAAAUAUUUGUUAGCGGAUGCUUAAAGCAGAAUUAUCUGGCUAUAUUGUCUUAGUCUUCUUUCAAUUGUAAAUAAGAAAAAGUAAAGAGAGUUUAUUUGAAAUUGUUAUCAAUUUAAUAGAAAGCUUUUCAGAACUUUAAAUAUCUAAUUUCAAAAGGGAAAGUUCAAAAACAGAGUAACGUAUAAAUAUCAAAUCAUAUAAUGAUGAAUUGUUUGGAGAAUGUGAAAAGUUUAUCAGAUUAUUAUCCAAGAAAAAAUUGAAAAUAAUGUUAAAGCUUCUAUUUUUUGCGCAGAUGGCUAUAUACAUAUAUUAUAUAUAUUCAUACAUAUAUGUAAUCAUAUUUAUUGAAAGUUUAAAAGUUUUAGAAUGGAAUUUCAACAUGUUGACAUCAACAUUCUAAGAUCGUCAAUUUGAUGAAAUGCUAACAAAAUAAAGAAAAUUUUAGUUGAACCAAAAUAUCAACAAAAGCUCACAAAAGUCUUCCAAAACUCUUAGUUGUUGAAGAGAUUGAAAAAUCCUUCGACAAUAAAUUGUUCUCAAUUAUGAGCAUCAAAAAUAAUUUCCAUAAUAUCGUCUUGUGUGAUGUUUAUGGGUAAAAAAUUUAAAAAUUAACAAAUAAAAUGAAUAAAGAAAAAUUACGAAAAACAAAUCCAUUCCAUUCUAUGUGAUGUUAACUGAAAUGCGGUGUAAGUUUUCGAAUAUAUCUAUAGCUCGUGGCAGAGAUAAGAGGUGAG